AGCAGGUGCUUGGUUCCUAAUAUCGACGGUAAAUCACAAUGGGAAUUCGGACAAUCUACCUUUUGCAAUGCGUUUUCCUUCUUGUCCUCCCCUCGAUGGGAGGGAAAGCAGUCUUACGUGGUCCAGAGAGCGUGGUUGCUGACAGCACCACAAACUUGGAAGCGGACCCGCCUACCAUCAUUUCCUAUUCCCCAGCCCCACGUUCGUAUUUGAGGACAGUUGGAUCCCCUGCUGACGCUGUGAAAAUGGCGUUGGCGGCUCAAGCGGCCGCGGAGAAGCGAAUGGUCGAUGGGGCCCAUUGCAAAAUCCAAUGGAAAUGGACUGUGUCAAAAGAUCAACAGAACUCAACGGAUGGGAGCCUGGGUGUGAUUAUGGUCCUCGACGAAGCAGGGCGACAAAGCGACGAAGCAACCACUCCUGCUUUCCGUGAAUGGACACCUGGCGCGACCUUUGAGGACGAGAUGGAGUUUGCCAACUGCCCGCAUGCCAAAAUCCAAGGCUUCCGUAUUGUCUUUUAUCCGUAUCAGGUCCCCGGUGCAGGUCCUCCAGAGGACGACGACCCACCCACCAUUUCCUUUUCCCACGUGGAAGCGCUGGAGGAAUCACCUGUCCUCCACGAGAGCUGGCGCUGGACGGAAGGAGCAGAAGAUCGAGAGAUAGGAAAGAAAGGGCCGUUCGUGGCGUCGAUGGAGCGCUAUACGGUGGCUUGGAUCACAGAUUAAAAUGGAGCAGCCUGCCUUGGAGGAGAAAAGAAGGAGAAAGCCUCAAAAGAGUGAAAAUUAGCUCAGGGAAAGUGAGGAAAAGAGAAGGGAGGGAGGAAAAACUUGAAGGCGUGUAAGUAUGUACAUGACAGAGGGUGGAGGACAACAGCAACAACAGCGACAACAACAACAACAACAACAACCACCA